UUUUUGUUGUGAACAAUAAACAGGGAAAAUAAAGAUGCUGAGUGUGGGAAAGUUGCAGCCCUAGUUUUACGGUCAGCUGACCGAGCUGCCCAAGACAACUUGCCUCAAACUUUCAAGCCUCUCUCUUCAGCUCUUUCUUCAUAUUUGCAAUCUAUAAAAGUUGGAUGCUUAAACUAAAGCCUUGGGGUCGAAUAAAGAUCAAAUUUUUUGAGACCCCAACAGAGAAUUUUCUCUCAUUUUCUCUCUCUCUAAGAUCUUCCAUGGCUUCUUCGUUUCCUCAAUUCUACUCGGAGCUGCUUUAUCCCAACAAUUUUUCAGAUGGAAUGUUGGGAAUUAGAAGCAAUAAUAUGGAGUUGGCCGGAGGCGAGGAGGGUUUGAUUCCUUCCUUCGAUCAGACGACGGUGUCGCCGGUCCCCGACCACCCCGAUGCCCUUCUCGCAAUGCCUUAUCCCGACCCCUACGGCUCAGUCUCCGACAUGACCGUCCCGACAUUGCCUGAUCAGUUUAACAUGGGUUUGUGUAGCAUUCAUAGUUUAGUCGGCGGCCGCCACCACCCUCCGGCCAUGGCCGCCACCACUGCAUGUGACUUCGGCGAUGAGCUCUUCAGCUUCGUGCCUGAUUUCAAGCCCCUUUACCACGAUUCCUGGGUUACUCAAAGUAAUGAAAUGCAUGGGGUGGAAGAGACCAAUAUUAAGGUGGCCAGCCGCUACUCAGAAGAAGAAAGGAAGGAGAGGAUCCUCAGAUAUUUGAAAAAGAGAAACCAGAGAAAUUUCAACAAAACCAUCAAGUACGCAUGUCGUAAAACCCUAGCGGAUAGACGAACUCGAGUUCGAGGAAGGUUUGCCCGGAACAACGAACUGUGUGACCCGGAACUAAUGGCUCUCAAAACCAACCAAAUUAGUAGCCCCUCUCACAACCUUAAACAACAAAGAGAAACGAAUAAGGAAGAAGAAGAGAGCUGGCUGCAAGAGUUGGCAGCAAGUCUAAUGUAUUUACCUUAUGUGACAAAUUACAGUGGGCUUGGGGUGUAAUAAUUUCACAAUCAUUACAUUUACCAAACUGUAAAAUUUGAUCGGAUCCUCUACUUUCGACUAACUAUUUUUUUUCCCUUCUCUCUCA